GGCGGGACAUCCUGCGUGCCGUGCGGUGCGGGCCGCCCCCGCCGCCUGCCCGGUGCUGCCGCGGCCUGGGCUGGGCCUGCCCGCGCCCGGUGCCCCCCGCGCCCCCCGGUGCCGCCAUGCCACACAGCUUCAAACCCGGGGACCUCGUCUUCGCCAAGAUGAAGGGCUACCCGCACUGGCCGGCCCGGAUCGAUGACAUCGCGGACGGCGCCGUGAAACCCCCCCCGAACAAGUACCCCAUCUUCUUCUUCGGCACCCACGAGACCGCCUUCUUGGGCCCUAAAGAUCUGUUCCCUUACGAAAAAUAUAAAGACAAAUAUGGGAAACCAAACAAGAGAAAAGGCUUCAACGAGGGCUUGUGGGAAAUCCAGAACAACCCCCACGCCAGUUACAGUGCCCCUGCGCCCGCCAGCUCCUCCGACAGCGACGUCCCCGAGAACGACCCCAUGGCGGGGAGCGACGCCGGGGAUGAUGAGGAUGACUCUGCCAUGGCCACCAUGCCCACCGAGAAGGUGGACAGCGAUGAGGACUCGGAUCGAGGCAGCGACCACAGCGGGCUCAAGAGGAAAUCCUUGGCCAUGAAAAUGCCUGUGACAAAACGGCCUCGGAAAUCCUCCAGUGACUUGGAUCAGGGCAGCCCCUCUGUCACAGAAGAGGAGAACUCAGAAACAUCUUCCGAGUCGGAAAAAAACAGUGACCAGGAUUUCACUCCUGAAAAGAAGCCAGUGGCCCGGGCUCCCCGGAGGAUGCCGGCAGCAGGGAGGAAGAAGAAGAAAAUGGAGUCUGGCUCUGACUCCGACUCCAAAGUGGACUCGGAUCUGGAGAUGGGCAAUGCCACCGUGGACAUGACCAAGUCGGACUCGGACUCGGACUCGGACGUGUCGGUGAAAAAGGCGCCACGGGGCCGCAAGCCAGCUGAGAAACCCCCUCCCAAGCCCCGGGGCAGGAAACCAAAGCCGGAGCGAGUCCCCAGCAGCUCCAGCAGCGACAGUGACAGCGACAGCGACGUGGAUCGCAUCAGCGAGUGGAAGCGGCGGGACGAGGAGCGGCGGCGGGAGCUGGAGGAGAAGAGGAAGAGGGAGCAGGAGGAGGAGAUCCGGCGGCUCCGGGAGCAGGAGAAGGAGGAGAAGGAGAAAAGGAAGGAGAAGGCAGAGAAGGGCGAGGAGGUGCACUCAGACUCGGACAGCAGCGCCGAGGAUGAAACGGCCAAAAAGGGCCGGAGAGGCCGGGCCAAGGCUCAGUCCUCCUCAGACUCCGAGCUGGAGCAGGAGAAGGAGGUAAAGAAGCCGGUGAAGAAGCAGCCCUCGGAGUUGUCAAGGAAACCAAAUCAGAAGGAGAAGAGGGGCCGAGCAGAGGAGAAGCCACGGAACAAACCUCUGAAAGUGGAACGAGGCCGGAAGAAAUCCGACCCGAUCCCCGAAAGGAGGAUGGAGAAGAAAAAGGAGCCCACAGUGGAGGAGAAACUCCAGAAACUUCACAGCGAGAUCAAGUUUGCGCUGAAGGUGGAUAACCCGGACAUCAAGCGGUGUCUGAACGCGCUGGAGGAGCUGGGCACGCUCCAGGUCACUUCCCACAUCCUCCAGAAGCACACGGACGUGGUGGCCACGCUCAAGAAGAUCCGUCGCUACAAAGCCAACAAGGACGUGAUGGAGAAAGCAGCUGAAGUCUACACCCGGUUGAAGUCGCGUGUGCUGGGACCAAAGAUGGAAUCCAUCCAGAAAGGCAACAAAGCCAGGCCCGAGAAGGACAAGGGGGAGGCGGAGAAGGGCCAGGAGAAGCUGUCGGGAGCAGAGACACGGAAUGAGAAGGGGGAAGAGGAGACAAAUGCUGACCUGUCAGGUCCUGUGAAUGGUGAAUCCCAAAAGCCAGAGGGCACAGAGGAGAAGGACAAGAGCCAAGGGCCAGGAGCUGGGGAGCUGGAGGCAUCCACAGAGGAGCCCCACAACAACAGUGUCCAGGACUAUCCCAAGGCCGGGCUGGAGCGAGCUCGCGGGGAGUCGGAGGCUGCGGACGAGGAGGAGGAGGAGGAGGAGGAGAGCUGAGGAAGCAGCUCCCACCUGGAGGAGGAGGAGAGGCUGUGAAGGGAGAGCAGCCUCUGCCUCGUCCCCUGCCUGAGUCACUUCAUUAAGUCCCACCGUAGCCGAUGUCCUUGGUCUUGUCCCGUGUCCCGUCCCUGCGGAGGCAGCACCCGCGGGGGGGCUGUGCUGGUGUCUGUAUUUGUCCCUUCCCCUUGUUUUUAAUUUUUUGUUCUGGUUUGUUUUAUUUUUUCCCCUCCUACCUAAUUUCUUGUGAUUUCAACCGACAUGAAAUGAAUAUAAAGGGUUUUCUAAUGAAAAACAGAAGGAACCCCAGUGUCUCUUUCUUGAGGCAUCUCUGGCUGGGACGAGGGUCAGGACUGGAAAGCACCCCAUGGCUCCCCAAUUUCCCUCUGACCAGGAUCAGGCACUCAGGAGCUGCUCCAAGCCCCUUUCCUCACCAUCAUGAUCCUCUCUCCAUCCAGAGGCAGCUGCCGGAGCCGGAUCCCUCUGCCCCAGGGGUGGCAGCAGGGCUGGGCACCAACUUUUUGGGGUGAAACCAGGGUACAAAGGGUGUGUUCUGUGCUCAGUGUGCGGGGAGGGGACUGACCCUGGCAGCAUCGUGCCCGUGCUGGGCAGCAGCUCAGUGUUGGUCUCUUUGCUCUUUUGUCCGUGUCCAAUAAAGAAUUCCCGGCUCCA